AUGAGCUGGAAAAAGGGCCUCCUGAGUGGCUGGCGUUUUACAUCUUUAUGGGGUAGCAUGAUCAGUGCUAUGUACUGUGAACUUUUCAAGGAGCGCGUAGACCCGAACAGCAUAUAUGCUGUUCAGGGUGUUGACAUAUUUAUACUGCCUUCGAAACGUGUUGACAAAUCCAUCAGUUUGGCACUGGCAGAAAAAAUUGGUCUAGUAGUUCAUGAAGAGAAAACAUCCUCCACCUCAAUUGGCGAGUUUUUGAAGUACAGAUAUCACAGAAAUAAGAUCGAUGUGUAUCCAGCGAGAACGGUUCGGAGCAUUUUUUACGCAAAACCGUGGCCUGAUAAAUACGCCGUGGUAAACCCGUAUCAGAUUGCAACAUCUGUUGCAAUAUUUGUUAUAUCAUUUAUAUCAUAA